AUGAGGUACUGUCUUCGAUGCAUCCUUUAUAUAUUAACGAUAUUGCAUGCUGUUAUCAUUGCUGAUGACGCAAACUCCAAGUUUAAGAAAUGCUGUAAAGCGUAUAAACCGUUGUUACAUAAUGAAACUGCAGUGAACGAAUGUCUCAACAAGUACUGCGAUUUCGACACUAUCUCACAAACUAAUGUACUUGUAUUUUUGAAACAUUGCGAUGGUACUGUUGUUGGUAAUAUGUUUUCUUGCGCAUCAUCUAAUUAUGAUCACACCCAAUGUUGUUUGGAUAAUGGAGUGAGCGGAAAAUGUCUGGAAUACUGCUCAGCUCAGGAUGGUGUACCUCCAAAUUAUUUGGACUAUUUAACAUGCCUGGAUUACUUUGAUACUAUCAAGCAAUGCUUCAGGAAUUAUCUCGAGAAGAAUCCUGCUAUCAAAUCUUAA